AUGUCGGAGUCUCAAGAUCCACGCUACAAAUAUCCACCGGUGGCGCCUAGAAUAUAUUCACUUGUUGCUUCUGUCGUUGUUGCAAUUGCAGCAGGUACACCAUACGCAUAUUCAGUGUUUGCUCCACAAUUGAUCAAAAAUUCAAAUUUACCUGUCCAUGUUAUUUCCAAUUUGUCGUUAUCCAUAACAUUAGGCAGCUCACUUGGUGGUUUCCCAGCUGGAAUGAUUAUUGAUAAACUUGGCCCAGGUCUUGCUGAUUUUAUUGGUUCCAUAUCAACAUUCUUUGCAUAUUCAUUAUUACAUACACUAUACCAAACUAAAUCGCAAAAUGUUACAUUAUUUAUGAUAUCCUUGAUAUGUGUUGGGUUUGGGUCGAUUAUUAGUUUCUAUUCAACAGUUAAAGUGGCUACAGCUAAUUUCCCACAUCAUAGAGGUACUGCUGGGUCCUUACCAGUCUCUGCUUAUGCUUUAGCUUCAUUAAUAUAUUCAUCAGUUUCAGUACAUUUUUUCAAAGAUAAUACCAGUGGAUUAUUGAAAUUUUUAUCCAUUUUUUGUCCAGCAUUUUGUUUUUUGGGCUCAUUUUUUUUGAAGAUCUAUAAAAGAGAAAGAAUAUCACCAAGUAUUACACCACCAGAAUCCGCAACACCACCAAAUUUGGAGCAACAACCUUCAUUCAAACAUGUUCCAUCUACUACUUCACUAUUAAGUAGUUUCAACGAUAGACGUUACAGUACUAGUCCAAGAGCAUCAUUCAGUUUAUGGGGUAUUCCAUUCAGAUCACCAAGACCUUCAUUAUCCAACAUGGAUCAAUCAGCACCAUUAUUGAAUCAAACCGGUUUACAACGCUCAGAUAGUAUGUCAUUAUAUGCUGCUGUUGAAGAUACGCCGGUCUUUGUCCGUGAAAACUCACCAAUAUGGAAUCAUCAUAUAGUUCAAGCUAUUUGUCAAAGAUUAUUUUUCAAAUAUUACCUUAUAUUAGCUUCAUUACAAGGAUUUGGUCAAGCAUAUAUUUAUAGUGUUGGGUUCAUUGUGGUGGCACAGGUGUCAUCUGAUCCUGAUUCAAAUUUGUCUGUUGGUCAAUCACAAGCUUUACAGGUUUCUAUUCUCGCAGUUGCUAGUUUCUUGGGUAGAUUAACCUCUGGUCCAAUUUCUGAUAUUUUUAAAAAACAAUUCCAUGCUCAAAGAAUUUGGUGUAUUUUCUUUGCGGCUAUUUUGAUGGCUUUAGGUCAAGGCUUAACAGCUGUUUUUGAUUCAGUGGGUAAAAUUUCUAUAAGCUCAUUUAUUAUUGGGUUUGCAUUUGGAUUCGUGUUUGGUACUUUCCCAGCUGUUAUUGCUGAUAGAUUCGGUACAAAGGGGUUCAGUACAAUUUGGGGACUAAUGACCACGGGUGGUAUUAUAAGUGUUAGUCAAUUAACCAAAAUUUUCAGUUAUUAUUUAGGUAAACAUACAGAUCCUGAUGGGGUUUGUAGAGCUGGUGUUGAAUGUUAUAGAGACACAUUUAUAAUCACUCAAUAUGGGAGCUUGUUUAUUGCUGCUUUGCUUUUAUUCACUAUUUACUAUAAUAAUAAAGUUGGUGUACAUCAAUAA